UUUGACUCAAAAGUGGCUACAUUGCCAUCACAGUGGCAUCCCAAGAGUGGCAACGUAACACAAAAUUAGAAGAACCAAAAAUUAGAUAUGCCAACAAACAGUCACAAAUACAGCAUUUUGCUACCCACCUACAAUGAAAAGGACAAUUUACCUAUAAUAAUAUGGCUAAUUGUGAAAUACAUGAGUGCCAGUGGGUACGAGUACGAGGUGAUUGUUAUUGACGAUGGCAGUCCGGACGGAACUUUGGAGGUGGCGAAGGACCUGCAGAGCAUUUACGGCGAGGAUAAAAUUAUCCUGAGGCCUCGCAAAUCGAAGCUGGGCCUGGGAACAGCCUACAUCCAUGGAAUUAAGCACGCCACUGGGGACUUUAUAAUAAUUAUCGAUGCCGACUUGAGUCAUCAUCCCAAAUUCAUUCCCGAGUUCAUCAAGCUGCAGGAGAAGAACGACCUAGACAUUGUAUCUGGCACCCGGUACGCAGGAGACGGCGGCGUCUACGGUUGGGACUUCAAACGCAAGCUAAUCUCGCGCGGCGCCAACUUCUUGUCCCAGGUGUUGCUCCGACCUAACGCCAGCGAUCUGACUGGAUCGUUCCGACUAUACAAAAAGGAUGUCCUUGAGAAGUGCAUUGCCAGCUGUGUGUCUAAGGGCUACGUCUUUCAAAUGGAGAUGCUAGUGCGAGCUCGCCAGCACGGAUACAGCAUCGGCGAGGUGCCCAUUACUUUUGUCGACCGCAUCUAUGGCAGCUCCAAGCUUGGAGGCACCGAGAUCGUUCAGUUUGCCAAGAAUCUGUUGUACCUUUUUGCAACCACAUAAACAUUCUUAUUGACAGAUUA